GAAACACAGGCGGAGCGCACGACGACACGACAUACAAAAAGAUACAACGACGUCGCACAAGAACAACAGAGACACCAAGAAGACAGCACAGCACACGGCACACCACAAACACCACAGACCACACACGCGCAGAGCACACACUCAAAACAGAGCAGCACAACGUAACAGUAAUGUCGUCUGCGGAGGACUUGAAGGUUGAGAAUGAGCGGCUACGCGCAGAGGUGGCUGAGCUCAAGGCUCGCGUCGCAGAGCAGCAGGCACGCCCCCGCAUCGCACACAUGAGCGCCGAAGUCGUGGACUCCAACCCUUACAGCCGGCUGAUGGCGCUGCAGCGCAUGAAGAUUGUGGAGCGGUACGAGGAUAUCCGCAAGGCCGCUGUUGUUGUGGUUGGCGUUGGCGGCGUAGGCAGUGUCACUGCAGAGAUGCUGACCCGUUGUGGCGUUGGAAAGUUGAUCAUGUUUGACUACGACAAGGUUGAAAUGGCCAACAUGAACCGCCUCUUUUUCCAGCCACACCAAGCCGGCUUGACGAAGGUGGAAGCUGCAAAGCGCACGCUUGGCUUCAUCAACCCUGAUGUUGACAUUGAGGCAUACUGCAUGGACAUCACCACUGUGGACAACUACCCCAAGUUCAUGGACAUCAUCAAGACCGGCGGUAUCGACGAUGGUGCCGUCUCGCUUGUGCUCGGAUGCGUCGACAACUUUGGCGCCCGCAUUGCCGUCAACAGGGCGUGCAUGGAGCUUCGGCAGGAUUGGAUUGAGUCUGGCGUGAGCGAGAAUGCCGUCUCAGGCCACAUUCAGUUCAUCUCCCCAGGCCGCACGGCUUGCUUCGAGUGCGCACCGCCACUUGUCGUUGCGUCGGAGAUUGACGAGCGAACGCUCAAGAGGGAGGGGGUGUGCGCUGCGUCGCUCCCGACAACCAUGGGCAUCACUGCCGGCCUCCUCGUUCAAAACGCUCUCAAGUAUCUGCUGCAGUUUGGCAAAGUGAGCGACUAUCUCGGUUACAACGCCCUCUCUGAUUUCUUCCCGCAGUACACAAUGAAGCCCAACCCAGACUGUAGCGUCGACGACUGUCAGGCGGCGCAGAAGGAGUAUGCAGAGAGGAAGGCCGCCGAACCAGACGAGGCACAGGAGGCACAGGAGGAGGCACCAGUCGUGCACGAGGAGACGUUUGGCAUCUGCCUUGUGGACGAGUCUGCUCCUGAGGAAGACAAGACGGCCGUUGCGCCGGGCCUUCGCUACGAACACGACCACACAGACAAGCCGCAGCAGGAGGAAGGGACCUCUGGAUUUGUGGAGGGCGCCGAUGAUCUUGAUUUGGACGAGUUGCAGAAGCAAUUGGGCAGCCUCAACUAAGCCGCUUCCGCAUUCCUGAUCGGUGCUUCUUCCUCCUCUUCGAUUGAUCUCCCUUGUCUCCAGCUGUUUGUUAGUGUUUUUUUUUUUUUUUUUUUCAUUGCUUGUUGUGUCGUUGCUUCGUAGGUUCCCAUUCGUUCACACUCCCUUUUGUUGUGCCUUUUUCCUCUGCCCCGUACACAAACACAGGACCGCUCUUCGUACAGUGUGACAGCGAC